AUGCAAUUACCACCAGGCUUUAACUGUGAUGAUAAAAAUCGUGUUUGCCACCUACAUAAAUCUUUGUAUGGCCUUAAACAAGCUAGUAGACAAUGGUAUUCCAAACUUUCAGAAUUUCUAUGUUCACAUGGUUAUAAACAAUCCUUUGCUGACCAUUCCUUGUAUCUCAAAUUUAAUAAUUCACACAUCACUGCCCUUCUUAUAUAUGUUGAUGAUGUAAUAUUGGCUGGAGAUGAUAUUGUUGAAAUCAAUUCAAUUACUAAUCUUCUAGAUCAUACGUUUAAGAUUAAAAAUCUGGGAAACUUGACAUAUUUUCUUGGCUUUGAAGUUGCAAGAAGCAGCAAAGGAAUACAACUGUGUCAACGAAAGUACACUACUGAUAUUUUGAGUGAAGCUGGGAUGCUUGGUUCUGCCCCUACAUCAACACCCAUGAAUUUCUCUAGACACAAAAACACAGAAACAGGGGAACUUCUCUCAUAUCCAGCACCCUUUCGAAGGUUGAUAGGCUGUCUUAUCUAUCUUACUCAUACAAGGCCAGAUAUCACUUUUGUUGUGCAUCAUUUAAGUCAAUUCAUUGCUGCACCUACAAGUCUACACCAUCGAGCUUCCAUGCAGAUUCUUCGUUAUCUAAAACAACAUCCUGGACAGGGGGUUUUCUUCGACUCCACCAGCAACCUACAAUUAAAGGCCUUUUGUGAUUCAGAUUGGGCUGGAUGCCCCGAGACCAGAAGAUUUGUUACUAGUUAUAUAAUUUAUAUUGGUAACUCUCCCAUUUGUUGGAAAUCAAGAAAGCAACAAACUGUUUCAAGAAGUUCCUCCGAGGCUGAAUACUAG